AUGUCUAUUGCAGAUACACUUCCUCUUGUUCAACAAGUUAUGCCUCGUUAUAUUUUAUUUAUAAUUGCUGCAUUUGGAAAUUUAGGUCAUAUAAUAUUAUCACAAAAACAACGUCGAUUAAAUUCAUGUUCAGUUUAUCUUUUUGUAAAAUCAUUUUUUGGUUUGAUUAUCACGAACUGGGCUAUAAUUUCACUUGUUCAUGCACUUGAUCAUACAGAUUUUAUGAGUACAUCAUCAUAA